AUGAUUACGGAUAGGUUUAGAACUGCAUGUCGGAGAAGAAGCACGUUAGACACACUGAUGAAACAAAUUCGGCUUCUCGAAACCACUAUCGAAACCACUAUCGAAACCACUAUCGAAACCACUAUCGAAACCACUAUCGAAACCACUAUCGAAACCACUAUCGAAACCACUAUCGAAACCACUAUCGAAACCACUAUCGAAACCACUAUCGAAACCACUAUCGAAACCACUAUCGAAACCACUAUCGAAACCACUAUCGAAACCACUAUCGAAACCACUAUCGAAACCACUAUCGAAACCACUAUCGAAACCACUAUCGAAACCACUAUCGAAACCACUAUCGAAACCACUAUCGAAACCACUAUCGAAACCACUAUCGAAACCACUAUCGAAACCACUAUCGAAACCACUAUCGAAACCAACGCAAGGAGCAAGAGCCGUAGCUGGGAUUGA